UAGUCUCAGUGAAAAUCUUCAAGUGAUUCAAGUGAGAAAGUGGGUGCCGUGGAUUCCGACGUCUGGCAAUUGAAGUGAAUAUCUUGAUGAUUAGAAGCGAUAAGAGGACAAUUAGUAACAAAAUAAAAGCAUUUAAUCAGUCAAAAUCCAAAUGUCGCAUUUAAUACGCAUUCUGUUAUCAAGACCACAAUCGCGACAUGCCAGACGUUCUUUGACGACAUCUGUAACGUUUCACAAAAAUAAAGGAUUAGAAGAUGAAAACCAUCCGUUAACGAGAACUUUGAAUAUUUUAAAGAAUGACAUGAAAAAGGUGAAAGAUUUCUUUCUCCCAAAUAAUAGGACCAAUAAAGUUCCCGAAAUCACAGAAACUUCGACAUUGAAUAACAAUAAAAAACAUUUUAGAGGGGAAAAAGAAAGAUCACCUGAGGAUGUGUUUCAAACGCAUUGCGAUGUUUUGGUUAUAGGCGGUGGAGGCGUAGGUUCAUCUGUGGCUUUUUGGCUAAAAGAAAAAGCUCGAGAUGGUCUAAAUGUUGUGGUGGUAGAACGCGACCCAACGUACGCGCGUGCCUCUACAGUUCUCUCAGUAGGUGGUUUACGGCAACAAUUUUCUUUGCCUGAAAACAUACAAAUGUCUCUAUUUGGCGCUGAAUUUAUGCGUGAAAUUAAAGAUUAUUUAGGUGAUGUAGAACUAAAUUUCACACCUCAUGGCUAUCUCACGUUGGCUUCUGAACAGGGCGCCGAAACUCUUAAACGUAAUUCGAGAUUGCAAAAUGAAUUGGGGGCUCGUAAUGAACUCUUAAACGCUGUACAACUGAAAAAUAAAUUUCCUUGGAUUUCCACGGAAGGCAUAGUUUUAGGGUGCCAUGGUUUGGAACAAGAGGGUUGGUUUGACCCGUGGGCCUUGCUGAUGGGUUACAGGCGCAAAGCCAAAGAACUGGGCGCUCACUUUGUACACGGGGAAGUAGUUGAUUUUGAAUUUCAAGAAAAUUCUGAAGUGAUUAUACAUGGAAAUAUAGAAGGGGAAUAUCAGGCGCUGGAUAAAGCCAUAAUUCAAACGCCUGACGGUAAAAGGCGAUCUGUUAAAUUUGCGAUUUGCGUAGUAGCGGCUGGUGCACAUUCAGGAGAAGUAGCCAAGUUAGCUCGUAUUGGUACCGGAAAAAAGAGUGUACUUCAGAUUGCUUUGCCAGUGGUACCUAGAAAACGUUAUGUAUACGUUAUAAACACUCAAGGCGACAAUGCUCCCGGACUAUGCACACCCUUAACCAUAGAUCCUGAUGGCACCUACUUUAGAAGAGAUGGAUUAGCUGGAAAUUACCUCUGCGGUCGUAGUCCAAACAGCGACCAAGAACCUGCCACUGAUAACUUAGACGUAGAUCACUCAUAUUUCGAAACAAACGUUUGGCCCACGUUAGCAAGACGUUGUAAAGCGUUUGAGUCCGCUAAGGUUGUAAGUAGUUGGGCCGGUUUUUAUGAGUACAAUGUAUACGAUGAAAACGGCAUAAUAGGGCCCCAUCCUUAUUAUAGCAAUCUGCUAAUAGCUACAGGAUUUAGUGGGCAUGGCAUACAACAUACCCCCGCUGUAGGCAGAGCAAUAUGUGAACUAAUUAUUGACGGCAGAUUCCGUACCAUAGAUUUAACACGUUUAUGUUUCGAUCGAAUUAUUAUUGAUCGGCCCAUGCUAGAAACCAAUAUUGUCUAGCACUAAUUGCUUCGCCAAGUCCAUUAAAAUUUUUGUUGCAAUAAUUUACCGUUUUCAUAUAUUGAAUAAUAUUUAAAUACAAGAUUUUAUUUAUUU